UUUCAAUAUCCAACCAACCAUUCAGUACCCGAUUGGGCUCUCCAACCCAAACCCGCCACGGGUUGGGCCACCGGGCAUGCCUCCACCACCCGCUAUGCCGCCGUCAUCCUCCUCCGCCCUAUACAAACAAAAAUCAUGGUCACCGGACGUUCACCGGAACGAGGAGUGGAUGCGGCGGAAGGGGAACCAUCUUCACCGUCGUCGCCGGAAAAGCAAAAGCGUCACCGAUGAAGAUAUCGAUGAGCUUAAAGCUUGUUUCGAGCUCGGGUUCGGGUUUGAUCAUUCUUCGCCCGAACCCGAUGACCGGCUUUCCACUACUUUUCCCGCGCUGGGAUUUUAUUAUGCGGUGAACAAGCAAUAUUAUGAUACUAUGACCAAAUCUUCAUCGGUUUCGUCAUCAUCUUCUUCUUCUUCGGUUUCGUAUCCGUUAGCGGUUUUGGAUUCGGAUUUAUCUUCUCCAUCAAGAAGCCCUCAUACUAUAAUUAAUCGCGGGGAUAAUCCGCAAACGGUGAAAACAAGAUUGAGACAAUGGGCGCAAGUUGUUGCAUGUUCGGUAAGGCUAUCGUCAUCAUCAUCAUGAAAAACAAAAGAAUAUACCAACCAUGGUUAGAUCAGCUAACCCAAGAGAGUAGUUUAAAGAAAGUAUGGACCGACAAAGAGCAAAGCUUUGUUUGAUUUCUAAGAUAUUUUCUUCUUUUAAUGUCAUAAUGAUGUGAAUGUGAACCCCUCAUCUUGCUUUUCAAUAGUUUAAAUAAAUUGUGAUCCUUUAGCAUUGUUUAUAAAAUGUCUUCUUGUGAAAAGAAACUUCUAGGUUUUUCCUUGUA